AAUGGGUAGGCGCCUCCUUUACAACUCGUUUCACCUAGCACCAUUUCUAUUAUAUCUGAAAUAACUCCCUUUUGUUUCCUUCGAUUUUGAAUAUUCAGUUCUGCUGUUUUUGAGAUGGCAACACCAAAGUCAUUGCAGCAGUGUACGGCCCUAGAGAGGUGCAAAAUAGGAGCCAACAGCUUAAUGACCAGGCACUGGUGCGCUGUGAAUAUAGUAUGGCUAAUUUCAGUACCGUAGAUCGCAUGAGAAAACCAAGGGUGACAGGCGGUCAACCGAGAUAUCUCUUGUCAUCCGCCAAACCAUGGAGGCAUGCAUUUUGACUCAUCUAAUGCCUCGUUCUCAGAUAGAUAUAUUUGUUCAAGCUGAUGGAGGAACUAGAUCCGCAUGUAUCAAUGCUGCAACUUUAGCCCUUGCAGAUGCCGGGAUCCCCAUGCGUGAUAUUGUCACUUCUUGUAGUGCUGGGUAUUUAAAUAGCACUCCUCUGCUUGAUUUGAACUACAUUGAAGACAGUGCUGUAGGCGCCGAUGUCACUGUAGGGAUGGUGCCUAAGUUCGAUAAAGUGACUCUUCUUCAGAUGGAUGCUAAAUUACCCAUGGAUAUCUUCGAAAAUGUGAUGGGACUCGCAAUCGAAGGCUGCAAGGCUGUAGCAAACUACAUUAGAGAAGUAUUACUGGAGAAUACCAAGCAACUGGAGUAUCGCCGGGGCCUAUAAGUUUAUAUAAGCAGUAGCAGACAGCAGUGUAAGAAAAAUUAUGUAUAUGAUUGUUUUAACUUUAUC